AUGGCACUCUCUGGCAGUCUCUUCGUGGACUGCUUAGUGCUGGUAUUGAUCAUCUACGCAUUUCUAUCAUAUCGUUCUUAUAGCCGUCUGGCACACAUCCCUGGCCCAACACUUUGGGGCUGGAGUGUCAUUCCGCUAUUUACAAUCCAUCUCAAGGGCACCAUCUUCGAACGCUUUGGCGCGCUGAACAAACAAUAUGGCCCCUUGGUCAGAAUAUCUCCAGACACCCUUCUGAUAGCCGAUCCCGAUCAUCUUCGGAAGAUGUCCGCAGCCAAGUCGGUCUAUACACGAGGACCAUGGUUUGCUGCUACGCAAUUCGUCCCAGGCACUGAAAACAUUCUCUCUACACGAGACGAACAAGAUCAUGCGGACAGGAGGCGCAAGAUGGCUGCUGGGUAUUCGGGUAAAGAGAAUCCAGGCCUCGAGGGUGAUGUCGACGAAUGUGUGAAAGAUUUCAUCGAAUUGAUCGAGAAGAAGUACAUCUCGGAGCCCGGCCAGAGAGUUGUCCACAUGGAUCUGGCGAGAAAGGUGCAGUAUUUUACGACUGAUGUCUUGAGCAAACUUGCUUUUGAUGACAACUUCCACGACUUGAAAGACGAUCGCGAUAAUCAUGGCUACAUGACCGAAGUGGAGACGAUCUUCCCCAAAACAUUCUGCCUCUGCACAAUCCCCUCAUUCCUUUCUUUCCUCUACAACAGCGGCGUGGCGAGCCUACUAGCUCCUUCCGACCAAAGUCAACUUGGACUCGGCAAGGUCUUUGCCAUCACCAAAGCCCAAGCAGCGAAGAGAUUCGAUUCAGCAGGUCAAUUGAAACUGCCCGGCAAUAGGGAUAUGAUGGGUAGUUUCCUCCGACAUGGACUGAACCAGUCUCAAGCUGCCCAAGAAGGAGUUCUUCAAAUGCUCGCAGGAUCCGAAUCCACCGCCACGGGCAUCCGGGCAACGCUACUCUGUAUUCUCUCCAACCCCCGAGUUCAUGCUCGACUGCGCGCUGAGAUAGACGAGUUGAAACUUGGCACUGAGGAGAUUGUUCCCGAUCAGUCGGCGAGAACUCUUCCUUACCUCCAAGCUUGCAUCAAAGAAGGCCUUCGUUGGUAUCCUCCUUUGGUGGGCUUAUCAUCUAAAUUGACCCCUCCGGAAGGGGAUAUCAUAUGUGGAUAUCAAGUCCCUGGAAACGUAUCCGUGGGAAUCUCAGUGCUGGGUGUUCAUCGUAACAAGGACUUAUUCGGACCUGAUGAGGAUAGCUAUCGCCCGGAACGAUGGCUUUUACUUUCCCAGGGAGGCGACGAGGAAUCCAGCGAUAAAAUCCAACAGAUGGAGAAGAAUAACGAGUUGAUUUUCGGGUACGGGAGAUUCAAGUGUUUGGGAAUGAAUGUGAAUGCAAAGGAGAUGAACAAGGUCAUUGUUGAAUUGGUGAGGAGGUUUGAUAUCAAUAUUGUUGAUUCUUUGAGGCCGUGGAGUACUAUUUGCUUUGGCAUUCAUUUGCAGAAGGACUUUUGGGUGACAGUUCGUAAGCGGGCGAGGGAAGUGAAGGGAAUUGAAACAGCGUCGGAUGAGUUGCUGGAAAGCUAA